GCUGAAAAUCUUCUCUUCGAUAGUUAUUUCAAUAUAAAACUAGCGGACUUUGGGUUUUCCAAUCUAUUUGAUGGAUCGAAAAAAUUAGAUACAUUUUGUGGUAGUCCACCGUAUGCUGCACCGGAAUUAUUUCAAGGACGUAAAUAUGAUGGUCCAGAAGUGGAUGUUUGGUCAUUAGGUGUUAUUUUAUACACGCUAGUUAGUGGUUCUCUACCAUUCGAUGCACAACAUUUAAAA